CAGUCAGUAUUUCUGCCUCUGGACACCCUGAAGGAAUGAACCCACGUGACUAAACGGGGCGGUCGAUCAGGAGCUGAAAAAAAAGCCAUUUUGUUCGAGGAGCCUGUAGUAACAGCUUCAGCUAAACACUCUUUCUUCGCCCUGCUCCCGGCACCAGAGACGGCGGCCGCCCGAUCAGCAGAAAUGAUAUUAAACAAUCUUGAACCUUGACGUGUCCCAUCUCCAAACCCGCUACUGGUCAGUGUACCGGCGGAGUGAGACAGUUUUUCUCAGCUGCUCUGAAAGGUAAAGUCGGUCAUGGGAAAGGGCCCAUCUGCAGAUCAAACAGACCCCAACCCUUGCAGUCUGAAACCUGCACGGAUAAAGCACAUGUAUGACCCGCAGCUGACGUUAAAGGCCACGCAGUAAUGUUCGUGGAGAAACUGACAUUGUUGGAUGGGAAACGCCGUACACAAUAAGUUGGGAGUCCACUGCAUCUAAAAUGCACCGAACUACUCGGAUCAAAAUUACAGAGCUGAAUCCUCAUCUGAUGUGUGCCCUGUGCGGGGGAUAUUUUAUAGACGCUACAACAAUCAUUGAAUGUCUACACUCAUUUUGUAAAACUUGUAUUGUUCGCUACUUGGAGACCAACAAAUAUUGUCCUAUCUGUGAUGUGCAGGUGCACAAAACUAGACCCCUCCUUAGCAUUCGGGCUGACAAAACAUUACAAGAUAUCGUCUAUAAAUUAGUUCCAGGACUUUUCAAAGAUGAGAUGAAGAGGCGGAGGGACUUCUACGCAGCCCAUCCCUCAGCAGAUGUCACAAAUGGUUCAAAUGAAGACCGUGGGGAAGUUACAGAAGAAGAGAAAAGAAUUAUCACAGAUGACGAAAUCAUCAGUUUGUCCUUAGAAUUUUAUGAAGGCAACAAAUCAGAAAAGAAAGAGGCCCCACAGACUGAAGAAACAGACAAGGCUAACAGUGUCCGGUAUCUGCGGUGUCCCGCCGCAAUGACAGUAAUGCAUUUGGGAAAAUUUCUCCGGAAUAAAAUGGACAUUCCCAGCAAUUUUCGAAUUGAUGUUAUGUAUGAAGAUGAACCCCUCAAAGAUUACUACACACUUAUGGAUAUAGCUUAUAUUUAUACAUGGAGACGGAAUGGUCCUCUACCCCUGAAGUACAAGGUGCAACCUGCAUGCAAAAGGUUAAAACUCAGUCAUCCCAAUGAGGAUUUCGCCAACACGAGUAUGAACUCAGAGAGUGACUCUGUGAGUGACAAAGGCAGCCCAGCCGCCGUUCCUUCCACAUCCUCUUCGCUGCCGAGCCCCAGCACGCCUGCACUCUCUCCUAAUUCGCAGUACCCUGCCACAGCGGCCUCGGUCAUGAAUGGAAACACAAACUGUCACCAGAUGCUCCCAUCUGUACUCAGAGGCCGCAAAGUGACUGUAAACGGCUCGACAACCCCCACCUCCUGCUGAAAUCUGGAACGACCAAAUUAAUGUCAAGCAAUGAGGAAAAGGAAGCUGCCAGGAUCGAGCUGGCUGCUGUGUCCUUUAUUAAAUGUAAUAUAUAUAUAUACAUAUAUAUAUAUAUAUAUUCUGUUUAGCAAUAUGGUUAUUGUCAGAAACAUUUUUAGCCCCCACACAGCUUCUUAAAUGUUAUUGGCCAAGAUGCACCUCCAGGUUAUGGUCCCAGAUGCUCUGAACACCAUUGCCUCGACAUGCAGAUACCAAGUACAGUCGACUCCUCUUAAAUGAAACAGAAUUGGCCACAGCCUUUUGCUGAAACAUCAAGUGUUGUGGCGCUCUCCUUUCUAAAAAAAAAUUGCCUUAAAAUCAAUUUCAUUAGUUCAAAGUUGUAAAGAAAGGGAGUGGCUUUCAAACAGUGUUGUGACAAGUGAUGCCAUUUCAAUCAAAAUCAUGUGCUUUAAUGGUAUUUGUAUGCGAUUAAAAUUGACCAGAAAUAUGAGGGUUGAGUGUUGGGUGAUACAGCCAGGCAACACUCCUUUAAAUGAUGUAAGGAUGCUUUUUAUUCUCUCACACGUGACAUUGUACAUAAGGUCGAUUAAAAAUAUCAGAAAAUGCGUGCCCUGAAAUAUUUAUAGGCAUGUUACAUCAUUAUGAGAUUUUUCAACUUUAAUGGAAUGCAAAGUGACAACAGAGAUGUUUGUCUCCUCAUUCUGUCUUUACAUUUCUGGAGAAAAUGCCAUCAGUGUUUUUUCUUCAUUCAUUUGUCUUCAUCAUUUAUGGGUUAAUGUUGUCUGUGUUCAUAUGGGGAAAAAGCCUCAGUUGAACUCUAAUUGUGCCAUAGAGUUAGGGGGUAGCACAACGCUUCACAGUACAGGUGAACUGGAUUCAUUUCCCAGUGCUGCCUGUCAGGAGUUUGUACAUUCUCCCCAUGACCUCUGGGUGCUUCAGAUUCCUCCUCCGGUCCAAAGACAUGCGGUUGGUAGGUUGAUUGGUCAUUGUAAAUUGUCCCAUGAUUAGGCUAGGAUUAAAAAAAUUGGGGGAUUGCUGGGUAGCAUGGCUCAAAGGGCUGGAAGGACCUACUCUGUGCUGUAUCUCAAUAAAAAAAAUUAAAAAGGAGAUUCAGUUACAGAUAAGAUGCACAUGCUUCUCAAUGUACUGUGAAUGAAAUAUGUGCAGAAUUAUACAUUCUGGUAGAAGCUGAUGAGAUUAGAAUCAUACCUACAGAUACUAUAGUUAUAGAUAGGGCUUUUGUUUGAUAAUUUAUAAGAAUGGUCUCUUUCCGCCUUGCAUUCCAAUGCUUUUGUUUUAAACUGAAAUCAACAAUCAAAUCUUUAUUGUAAAAUUAAUUGGGCUGAUUACAAACAGGCUGGAUUGUCUCCUUAACACAAGGGAUGACUGAAAUCAACCUAAUGAACUGGAGCAACAGACACAAAAUGCUGGAGGAACUCAGCAGGUCAGGCAGCAUCUAUGGAGCAGAAUGAACUGUCAAUGUUUUGGGCUGAGCCCCUUCAUCAGGACUCUCCUCCAUUGAUGCUGCCUGACCUCCACCACUUUACGUGUGCUGUUUUGGAUUUCCAGCAUCUUCAGAAUCUCUUGUGUUUGUGAUCUCACUUAACAGGAGUCGACUGUACAACUUAGCAUUUCAAUGCUUACAUUUUUCGUGUGUGUGUGUGAGAGAGCAUGUGCGGGUGUGUGUGUGUGUAUGUGCGUGUGUGUGUAUGUGCGUGUGUGUAUAUGUGUAUGUGCGUAUGUAUGUGCGGGUGUAUGUAUGUGCGUGUGUAUGUGUGGGUGUAUAUGUGUGUGUAUGUGCGGGUGUUUGUGCGUGUAUGUGCAGGUGUGUGUGUAUGUGUAUGUGUGGGUGUGUGUGUGUGUAUGUGCGGGUGUAUGUAUGUGCGUGUGUAUGUGUGGGUGUAUAUGUGAGUGUAUGUGCAGGUAUGUGUGUGUGUGUGUGUGUGUGUGUGUGUGUGUGUCUGUGUGUGAGUGUGUGUGUGUGAGUGUGUGUGUGUCUGUGUGUGUGUGUGUGUGUGUGUGAGUGUGUGUGUGUGUGUGUGUGUGUGUGUCUGUGUGUGUGUGUGUGUGUGUGUGAGUGUGUGUGUGUCUGUGUGUGAGUGUGUGUGUGUGAGUGUGUGUGUGUCUGUGUGUGUGUGUGUGUGUGUGUGUGUGUGUGUGUGUGUGUGUGUGUGUGUGAGUGUGUGUGUGUGUGUGUGUGUGUGUGUGUGCGCGCGCAUCAGCGACUGAGUAUGAAAUGAAAAUUCUUUCCCUGUACGAUUUGCUACCGACCGAACAGCACAAAUGAAAUGAGUUCAGAAUGGAAUAUUGUUUCAAAAUUUAUUUUAUGUUUUGAUAAACUUAAUAAAUCAUUUUAGAAUUGUA